GCAGAUAUUCAACUUUUGGCAGAGGGGUACAUUUGUGUUCUCUCUGACCACCCCCCCUCCCACCUCCCACCCCAGCUAUACGCUUACUCGUAUCCCAUUGGCUAAAAAAUUAAAAGCAAUUGCCGCUUCGUGUGGAUUGGGCGAAACAUUUUGCAAAACGAUGCCUUGCAGCAGGAUAAAGUGUUUUUCAAGCAAAGGCUGCGACACAUCGAAUUUCAAUGUUGGUUGGGCGAAAUAUUCAAUGACUCCAAAAAGCCCGGUCAAAAAAACAAACUUAGAACUUAUAGAACUUUCAAAGCGACGACAUACGAUUUUGAGACAUACCUUUCCAACAUUCAAAACCCCAACCACCGAAAAGCCCUCACCCGCCAAGAUGCAAGGGUAUAAUAUGUUAACAUAUGAUAAAAAUUAACAACUUUUCCAACAUACCAUUGGCAAAGUAUGGAAAAUUUUGACGAUCGUUGAUCGUUCAGGAGUAUGGCAAGUAAAAGCAACUAUAGGUCUGGAAACUCUUAUAGUUGCCAAUAGCAACUGUUCCAUCUAGAUAACCUUUCUUCAACUGUUUUAAUUUUGUCAGAUUUUUUUUUUGUUUGAACAAAGGAAUUCUUAAUUAUACUGAAGGAAAUGCAAUGACAGCUGCUUAUAUUCCAGCUGUUUCGUUCUGCACAUUUGCAAUAAUCAUCUUCCAUCUGAACAUCCGAUAACACGAGCGCACAAGAAAGAAGAAGAUAAAACAAAAUAUAAGUGGUGCACGAAAAUUGAGCCUACUUAAAAAAAAUCUGGGUUACAGAUUUUAUAGAUGGCGAGAUGAAAGAAAGAUCAGCUUAGAGCGAUGAUGGAAUUAAGAAACUUUACCGACAAAACAGUCUUCAAUUAUGCUUGCUACCAUUUUACCGAAUGGGUCCAGGAAGGUCAGAUAACGAGACCUGAGUUUAUCAUCAUUGCAGUACUCAACGGAAUCACGAUUCUUCCAGCUAUCCUUCUGAACGCUUUGGUACUUUUCUCAAUAUGGCGUACACCAACACUUCACACACCUGCCAUGGUUCUGUUGUGCAACCUUGCUCUCUCUGAUUUCGCGGUCGGCAUCAUCGCUCAACCAAUAACAGUAACAUCAGUAGUGCUUGAACUCAGUCCUUCUGUAAAACCUGCAUCGUUUUGCUCGAUAGCAGUGUUCUAUGGAAUAACAUCAUCCCUUUUCGCAGGUGUUUCAUUACUCAGUAUUACUGCGGUCGCUGUUGACAGAUUUCUUGCACUUCAUCUUCAUCUAAGGCUAGUGCGGAUGUCGACCGUGAUCGUACUGGCCAACUCUGCUACAAAUCCCGCCAUCUACUGCUGGAAAAUUCCAGAAUUACGAAAUGCUGUUAGGGAUACAUUAGUCUGGCUCGGAUGUAAUCGUAGGAGAGGAGGCACCUAGAA